AUGGCUUCAUCAAGUGCUGUCGAAGAUGAACACCUAACCGACUCCGAUCUUUCGGAUGAGGAAGCUCAGGGCCAGGAGCAGCGUCAGGAGGAAUUACGCAGUAUAACGCCCCGACCCGCUUAUAGCGAUGAGGAACUGAAUCAGCUUAUGGAGAACGUGCAGCACAUGACACUUUUGUAUACACUAGAUCAUCGCAGCUGGCAGGAAAAGACUCUCGACAUGAUACGCCGUUGGCUGUUGGAGGUUCAUGAGCCUUUGCUGACCAUAUUCUACGAGGGAAAUACACUGUCCGCCUGUCUGGGAGCACCUGAGGUGCCUGUAGUGGACAUGACUUACUUCCUUCGCGAACCCAAUGCAAUUUUCACAGUCGAUGGCUUCCAUGAUGAGGUUCACUGUGGCACAGUGCACAGCGAUGUGGACGGUUGUUUGAUGCAUGUCCUCGAUCUGAUUUAUGCACCCGUUUUCCGAAAUCAUGCUGCAUGGGGGGAGAAUGUAAAGCAACGCUUCGGCAAGGGACUGGACAAAUUUCUAGCCUUUUUAACGGGCAUGCAUUACAAAAUGUCCGGCAUGGCAGUGCUUUAUGUGCCCCAUGUUUUGAUCCAAAACGAUCGCGAGGGUGUUGCCUCUGAUCGACAAUUUUUGCAGAGUCUGGAAUGGAUUGUAGUUUAUUGGGCUACACAGAUACGCACGCUGCUGAAUGACAGAACCUUGACGGUGCCCCAUGACUUCGUCACAGUGAGCGAUGAGUUCGAAUUUUGGCAAUAUCGCUACGAAGUGCUGAAGGGCUUAAAUGCUCAGCUGGCCCAAAAGGAUGUGCAACAAAUCAUAAAAUUGCUGCGAAAGUCUCACUCCGUUUAUAGCAGCCAGUUGGAUGAGCUGAUUGAGCAAGCCGACAUUGAAAUGAAGGAAGCUAUAUCCAAUAUAAAAUAUCUUCAUCUGCUAAUCAAACCAUGUGCGGAGAUAGAUGAAGCCACAAGUCCUGCAGCCGUUACGAAAUGCAUUCCACGCAUUGUGCAUCUUAUUCGCUACAUUUGGCUGAAUUCGGAGCAUUAUAAGUGUCGGGAUUUGAUUACCGGCCUUUUUCGCAAUCUGAGCAAUCAGAUUAUACGCGGUUGCAUGAAACAGGUUGAUAUUGGAAAAAUCCUAUCGGGCAGCCCACGAUUCGGGAUGAAAAUGUGCAAUAUGUCCAUCGAUUGUUGUGAAACCUAUAAAGGCAUUUAUAAGCACAUGUCCAAGGAGCACGCUUUGCGGGAGCCGCAAGUGGGUUGGGCAUUGGACGAUGCCAUAAUAUUUAAUCAUGUUGAUGCCUUUGUGGAGCGGCUGACCGAUGUCGUCGACAUAUGCGAAUCGAUGAUAGUUUUUGGACGCCUGGAUGAGAAUGAGAGCAUUGCGGAGCCACAAUUUGGCGGCACAAAUGGACACGAGUUGGAGAAGAUCGCCGCAAAUGUGGAGCGUCAAUUUAUGGAGAUGUUGACAAAGUUACGUGUUAGCUCCAAGGACACAAUUCUGAAUGUGCACAGGAAUGAGUGGUACGAGCAGGUGGCGGAAUAUAGACGCACCGUUCAAGGCUUUCAGGAAACGCUGCAGCGCCUGAUAUCGAACGUAUUCCAAAACGUCUGCAAUGUGGAGGAAGAGAUUGAGGCUUUGAAUGUCACGCUAUUUUACUCGUAUCGAGGCAGUCUGCGAAAAAUUUACCUACGGCAGGUUAGCAAAGUCUGGCUAAGAUUCUCUGAGGAAAUGGAUGUCACAUCUCUCAUGCUGAGGGAGCGCAGUAAAUUGCACGAGUCCUGGCUGCCUUACUAUGUCUCUCGUGCCUUGGGCUUCAAAACCAAUCUGGAACGCUUGACAUGGAUGCGCAAUCGCUUAACCAGCUCCGAAUGGCUACCCCCUGUGCCCGAAGCAGCCAAAGUUCUAAGCAAAUUCGAAACGUUGCGCAAGGAAUUUGAACUGGAGAUGCGCAAAUCCUUCAAGGAGUGGCAAAAUAAUUGCUGUGCAACCUCAUCGCUCAACCACAAGCUAGAUCGUUAUCUACUGACCCGUAGCAAGCUCAGAAGGGGAUUACUGGAGUGUAACAUUGAUCCCAGUGUGCUAGACAUUUGUGAAGAGGCCCAGCACUUUGAGCAGCUUGGAUUCGUCCUACCCGUUGCAGUUAAGAAGCUUUAUGAGCAGCACGACAACCUUCGUCUGAUCUACAGUACCGCCUUGGAAGUUUGCCUCGGCUAUAAUCGCAUUAUGGCCGCAUUAUCGGAACAGGAACGCAAACUCUUUCGCGGCCUUCUUCACGCCUGCGAUCGCAAAAUAAUGCCAGGCCUUUGUCGCCUCACCUAUGGCGAUGAGCUCAGCGAGUCCUAUAUCGAGGAUUGUGCUCUCCACACAAGCCAUCUACAGGAAAUUGUGAAGCUCCAUAAGCGAACCAAUCGUCAUGUGGCACGCUACUGUGAGAAGAUUUGCGAUACUCCGAUGCUUAAGUUAAAAUGUACAGGGGCGGUGGCUAAAUCUGUGUUUGAGGAGCACUUGGCGGAUUAUAUAAAGCGGGCGAGCAGCGUUCUCCGCAGCUGCUACAACAACAUCAUCGAACUCAUAUUUGCAGUCAGCAAAGAGUUCGAGCCAUACAUGGCAGAGAUGUCUGUGGAGUGGCACAGCUAUGUGAAUAGCUUCGAUGAUAUGCUGUCCAAUGCCUUCUUGAUCAGCGCUCGCAGAUCCCUUGCCAACAUUAGCGCUGCAUUGCAACGUGACGAGAAGAUGGCGGCGGCACCCAUUCUAGUCAUGGAGUCAGACAUCAAGGACCGCCGAAUUGUGUUCACACCAGAUAUGGAUGCCAUAGCUGCCUUGUUGAGUGGCACCGCCGACCGCAUACACAAUAUUCUCGAUCAGUUUUCGCGCAUCGGACAGAAAAUGAAAUUGCCGAAGCAAAAGCUGCGAGAGUCCUUUGCUAAAAUGUUCAGAAAGGACGAGGAGUGCGCAGAACUGUUGCGUAGUAUUAAUGCAGAAAUUGCUAAGGAACGUGAGGACAUAGCUGGUUAUAUAGACACAUGGAAUGCGCAUCGUGCCGUAUGGGAAACUACAGAGCUUGAGUUCAAGAAGCGCCUACGUGCCACGCCCAUGACAGCGGGCGUGUUCGAGGGCAGCAUCGAGUUUUAUAGCGAGUUGGCCGAUGAUAUAUCAUUUGUGGAAGCCAUAACACACAUCCACUUCGUGCUGAUCAAUCAGAACGCCAUCAAGAGCUCCAUAUUGGAUUGGAUCGAGAAAUGGCAAGCAUUGAACAUCAGCAUGCUCCUGGAGCACUCCUCCUCACUAAUUAGACGCAUUUAUCGCUAUAUGCGACAAAAUGAGCGCAAAAUUAUGACGGUGCCGCGCACCCUUAAGGAAACUCUGGCUGCCAAGCUGCUCUUCGAACGCCUAGUCGAGGAAGUUCCUAAAAAACAGUCCACCUUCGCACCCAUGCUAGAACUCUUUGUUCUGCUGGACAAAUACAAAGUGAAAUUGUCGGACGAAACACGCGAUCAGGUCUCGGCACUGGAAACAGCCUGGCUGGAUUAUCUCAAGAUAAUGAUCGAAGCGGAUGAGAUGCUGGACAACGAAGGCGAAGACUUUAAUGUACGAAUUUUACAGCAUAGUGAGAAAUGUAAGAUCAUCUUUAAAGAGUUUCAAGAUGAUAUUUAUAUGAAGAUGCCCACAAAAAAUGAAAAGUGAGAUACGAAAGUCCAUUUGAAAAGUAACUGUUCUUCAAGUCCAGCUAUUCUUGAAGUUCUUAGCUUUAUAUUACUUACUUUUUAUUACGAAUACUUUA